AUGAUAUAUAAUGCGGGUAGAAAAAUUAUGCCAUCAGCAGGAUGUGUUCUACUUGGUGCAAGCUGUGGUGCAAAUAUUGCUGAUUAUGUCACUCGGAAGGUGGUCGAAGAUGGGAAACCAUUUGACCCAGUUAAGGUUGUUGCACAAGUUCUGAUGUAUCCCUUUUUCAUAGGGAGUGUUCCGACACACUCGGAAAUAAGGCUUGCGAACUCAUACUUCUAUGACAAGUCCACAUGUUUACUUGCUUGGAGAUUAUUUUUGUCAGAGAAAGAGUUCAACCUAGACCACCCUGCUGCCAACCCUCUGGCGCCUGGCAGAGGAGGCCCCCCACUGAAGUGCAUGCCGCCGACCUUGACAGUUAUUGCCGAGCAUGACUGGAUGAGGGAUCGAGCAAUCGCUUACUCUGAGGAACUCCGCAAGGUUAAUGUUGACUCGCCGGUUCUUGACUACAAGGAUACAGUUCACGAGUUUGCAACCCUGGAUGUGUUCCUAAAAACACCACAGGCACAUGCCUGUGCCAAGGAUAUUGCCAUAUGGAUGAAGAAAUAUAUCUCCCUCCGAGGGCACGAGUUCUCAUAUUAG